CUGACGCUACAAAUUUGCAGCCAAUUGUUCAACUUCUUUAGAUCCACUUACCAAGAACUAAAGUUGUUUGCUCUACAGUUUCUGCCGACGUUGAUUUAUAUAUAUUUGAAUUCCGUUGCAAGGGGUGAUAUUGAGAAAUGUUACUGCAUCGAGACUUUUUUGAUAAGCGUUUAUAAUUUGGAGAUUGUUGAUGAGAAUGGACAACCUAAAACUAUUUCGUUUAGAAUGCCGUUUCUUGCACAGCAUUCUAUAUACCAUGAGGCAAAAGGUCUAGCCCAAACAGAUUUACGUCGCUGGGAAGAAUGUUCAGCAAAAACAGUCCGUUGGGGUCCAAUGCCUCAUGUGGAGACUUUAUGUGCCCAAAACAGAAUACGAGUCAUGACAGCCUUAUUAUUUAUUUACAACAGAUACUUGUGUCUUUUACCAAAGGCUUCCUUACAUCACUUAUGCAAAGCCACCUCCAUGUUGAUGACUCAAGGUUUUGCAAAAACACACCCCUCUCUCAAUCAAAACAAUGCACAUAGUCCUAUGAAAUCUUUGCCGAGGAUACCUUUAACAGGACAGUUUAUGUUGGAGUUGAUACAUGCCGUAUAUUUUGCUAUGUAUAAUGAAUUUGCAUCAAUUGCACAGUCGACUGUUGAGGAUAUUCAUAGGAGGGCUGUUUUUGAAUUGUAUCCUGAUGUUAUUUUGGUUACGAAUGCUAUUAAACAUUAUCUGGCUGGGAAUCCUACAGGUCAGCCAUCAGACGGCCCCAUGGGUAUAAGCUGUGCAAUCUCACCCGCUUCGACAACUGUCACUGUUUCAAAGACGAUGAUCACAAAUGCUUCGUUUAGGACCAAAAAAUUGCCAGACGACAUCCCCAUUCAGUCGACUGGCAAAGACGAAGCUGGUGACAUGAUACUGUCGAAUACAGUGGUCGAUGGCUCGACAAGCAAUGCAAAUUCUGCUGCAGGACAGAAGAAUAAUUUGAUUGCCAUUAGUGAGGAGAAAGAUGCCACGGAGCAGCACGAAGGGAAAGAUAAAGACGAGGGCAAAGGCAUAUCGAGUUCUCGUGGAAGUUCACUUCGUGGUUCUAAAGACGGCGAGAGCAAAUCUGCACAUAGCUCUGGAGGAAAAG